AUUGCUGUUUUGUCCUAGUGUCUCUGAGUGUUAACACCUUGUUGGAUGGGUUGUUUGCUUGUCCAGACCUUCAUUGUAACACACAGUUCUUAUUUUGUGUAAGGUUACAGAAUAAUGAGAAGGUAACUUUGAAUCACGUUAUAGGAAUGCUUUCCAAGGCACAUUGUAACUCUCCUCAUGGUGCUGUUGUGAAACACUAUGGGUAUAUGAAUGUAGGAUGAGGCCCUUGCCAAUGUUUAAGUGUACAAAGCCAACUGUAAUGCAUGUCCUUCCUAAAUGUGUUCUUCCCUUCAUUGCUGUCAUAAUUUUCUCUGUCAGAUAUCUCAGCUGCCCUUUUUUUUUCCAAGGCUUUGUUAUUUCUUAUGUGAUGCAACACACCUAAGGUUCUUUGGUUGGGACCAAGAAAAGAUAUUUAUAUAUAAUUGUACAUAUGUAGUGAGAUCAUUAGUGAAUAUAAUUCUGACCCAUGGUUUCCAGGAUCGUUUCUUAUAUUGGGACCAAUUUCAGAGAGCGUACUGAAAAGGCAAAACAAUGCCAGCAGUUUGCUAUGAAUGCUUGCAUUGCUCUGCCUUAAGGCACUACAGUUUGGUCAUGUCUUACAUUAGACAGUUUCACUGUCAAAUAGCUGUAAAAGAAAAUGCAUUCACACCAAGCCACAUCAGACCUAAUUCCUGUAACACGUACCCGCAUGUGAGGUAAAACCACUAAAUUCAGCCCUGGAGAGGUUCUCCAGGGGACACAACCUAGGCUCUCUGCCACAUCACAGCACCCAGUCUCGUAUUGCUACUGCACUUUGGAUUUUUCCUUCAUACAGAGCACAUGCUUCACCACGACACAUGCCAGGUGUCAACUCGUGGUGUUGCACAAAGCCAUUGAAGAAGUGCUUGUGCAAACAGCAGGGGAAUAUGUGGUGUUUGGGGAUUGCAUGUCCAAGGCAUACUCACCUCCUGAGAAAUGGGCAUCCUUUUUGGACUGCCACCCAGCGUGCUGCUGCCUUCAGAACAGGCACAGAUCUCCUGGUGAUGGGAGAACUGCCAGGCCCCCGACCCCUGGAGCAAGGGCACACUAGUGGCAGCAGAAGCGAGAUCCCAUGGCCCUGGUGAGGUCCCGCAGCCCCCAGCCACAAGGACUGAGGGGCGCUCCCUUGCUGGCAGAAGUGCUUUGGAUGCUCACCACAGAGUGAGCCCUUCUCUCCACGGUGCCUGUUUGCUUUCUGCUCAGGAGAAACAAAACGAUAGAGUGUGAGACACGUUUCCUUGUUAAGGCUGGAUACCGACAGUUCCUCCCCUCAUUCUCAUCUCAGACACUGGCACAAAAUUUGGUGUGACAGAGGACGGAGCGGUGCCGGGGCUAAACCACGCAGCCACGAAGUUCCAGGUCACAGUUCCAUACAGAAAACAAAUUUACCAAACUAGAAGAGCGAGAAACAAAUGUUUUAAAUAUGAAUUGAAAACCUUGCCCCCGGUUAAGAAAAAAAUAUGCUCGUUAGGCACUGAAAUAUGAUUUUUGGCAAAGGAUGGGCAUUCAGAACAAUUCCUGAAAUUUGAAACAUAAGAUUAGUUUUUUUCUGACAAACAAAACAGAGGCAAAUGCUAACCUUUUUAAUUAUGAGGAUUUCCUACUAAAGUUCAGUUAAAGAAUUCCAGGUCUUCAAAAUCCAAAGCAUUCAUUCUUUUCAGCUUUUUUUGUCCCCAUGAUUUUUGUUAAUAAUCGGCAUUUGAAAAGUAAGUGAUAUUCUUUCACUUUUCCUUUAUUUUUAGCUUUAUUACAAGAGGUUAAAAAUAAUUUAGAAGGUACGAAGAAGCCGGCAGUCUGAAAGGGCUGCUGCUGAGCUGAGGACUCACAGCGCUGCCUUGGGAGCCGCUUUUCCUCCUGGGCAUCGCGGGUGAGGGUACGGCCACCUGCGUGCGCCUGGGGGGCACCCAGCGGGCAGCUGGGGAGCAAACCCCGCUUACCUGCACCAGGAUUUGCUCUUUCCACGCGAACCGCGGCGUCGUUUUGGUUUCCGUUCAAAAAGCAUCCUCGCUCCCGCGACGUUUCUGGGGAGGUUCCUCCUCCACAGGCAACUUUUUUCCCACCUUGACUGGCCAGACCUGGGAAUUCCCACAACUCCGCGGCAGCGUUUUGGGGCUCACUCUGCUCCCCUGGGGGCUUGGGGGGGCUUCACCCACGUUCGCCCCUAGCCGGGCAGUACCAGGAACCCCUCCCGCUCCCCAUUUGCCCCAGUUUGGCGGCUGCAUGGGCGGGGAGGGAGCACGGAGAAACCCCCCCGGAGCGAUAGCAAAAAUGCUGCCGGGGGUCCUGCCCGGCCACCCCCGCCCCUGCCCCGGGGCCGAAGCCCCCCGGCGCGGUUGCGGGCGGUUUUGGGAGCCGGGAGGGAACCGUGCGGCGGGGGGAGGCAGGGCGGGGGGGGCAGCUCAUCCCCCCUCACUCCUCCCACCGAGGAGCGGUGCCUCUUAACCCCCCGGAUCCUCCCUCCGUCCCGCCGAGCACAGCUCCGCUUUGCAGAGCAAAAAACGAAAUUUCGGCGGCGGCCAGCCAUGAGCUGCCUGGAUGUUAUGUACCAAGUGUACGGGCCGCCCCAGGCGUACUUCGCGGCAGCCUACAGCCCCUAUCCCCAGCCCGUCGCCGUUCGCCUCCCCCCGCUGCCAGCACCGCCGCUGCCUUUCGCCCCCUCGAAACUCGCCUUUUACUCCAAAAUGCAAGAAGCCCCGGAGAGCGGCAGCAGCGCCAGCACCAGCAGCUCCUUCUCCGGCCACGCCGCCGCCAGCAUCAAGGAGGAGGACUGCAGCCCCGAGAAGGAGCGACCCCCCGAGGCCGAGUACAUCAGCUCCCGCUGCGUGCUCUUCACCUACUUCCAGGGGGACAUCAGCGCCGUGGUGGACGAGCACUUCAGCCGGGCCCUCAGUCAGCCCAGCAGCUUCUCCCUCGGCAGCGCCAAGGCGAGGAACGCCGGCUCCUGGCGGGAUGGCUCCUUCCCAAUGAGCCAGCGCAGCUUCCCCCCAUCCUUCUGGAACAGCACCUACCAGCCCUCCUCGGUCCCUGCCACCCUCAGCAGCCCCCUGGCCGCCGCCGCCCACAGCGAGUUGCCCUUCGCCGCUGCCACCGACCCCUACGCACCGGCCUCCCUGCACGGCCACCUGCACCAGGGUGGCCCCGAGGCCUGGCACCAUGCCCACCACCACCACCAUCACCACCACCACCACCCCUACCUCGGGACACAGAGCACCGCCUACCCUCGCCCUGCUGCCGUGCACGAGGUCUACGGCCCCCACUUCGACCCCCGCUACGGCUCACUGCUGGUGCCCACCGCCUCUGUCCGCCCCCACCGCCUCACACCCGCCGCCGUGCCCACGCCAGUCAGCCCCCCCUGCGACCUGGGAAAGGCCGAGGCAGGUGCCACUGCCACUUGGACAACACCAGCACCCUUCCCCAACGCGGCGGGGGACAUGGCACAAAGCCUCGGCCUCAACGUGGACCCAGCUCGACGUUACUCCUUCUGUGGUGGAUCCCUUCUGAGCUGAUGAGCUGACUCAAAGCCUCCCAGACCCCCCUUGCCCUUUUCCAAGCCCACCGUGGCCCUGCAGCCUGGGAAAGACAACGGGACUUAAAGCAACCUGGCAUCGCAAGGAUGGUCCUUUAGACUUAUUUUGGAGAGGAAAACUCUUCUGUUGAGAGAGGAGAGCCAAAGACCAUGAACUUCUAUUUAACCAAACUCCACUCCCUGAACUGCAGUCGGACUGCUUUAAAAGAGUUGAAUGACAUCAUGUAUGGUGAUGCAAAACCACUGGCCUUCAUACAGGAGACAGAGGAAAUUUUUGUUUUUGUUUUUUUGUUUUGUGGUUUUUUUUUUUUUUUUUCAGUGGUGUGAAUAUUUUUUUAUGGCAGUGAAAAUUAUUUCUCGAAUGCAACAUGGGAAAAUCUAUUUAGCAGUUUUGAACUGGAUUUUUACUUUACAUUAUAGAAAAGUAAAAGGAGAAGAAACUGGAACUCAUGAACAUUUUUGGACUACCAAGGAACUGGUCAGAUUUUUCAGUUUUGUGGUAAUGAGUGGCAAGCGUCUAGCUUGGGCCACCUGCCUUGGGCUUGCAGAAAUGCAGCUGUUCUGUGGACAACUGUUCAAACUCCAGAAAUACAAAAACCAAGGUGGCACUUCUCAGAGUUUGGCAUUUGCAUUGGAUACGUAACAGUUGUUUGUUUUCUUUCUUUUUUUUUUUUUUCUUUUUUUUUUACAAGAAAUAUUUUAUGGUGAAAGCUAAACCCUCUUAAAGAAGUGGGGGAAGGAAACGAAAAACUGUUUGCCCUCAACCCAACAAUUUUAAGGAAAAGCCCAUGAUGGACAAUAGGUCUGGGUUUAACGUUUCCCUUUGUCUACUUGUUGCUGUCAUUUUGUCACUUUAAUAGCUGUUUUGUUUUGUUUUGAAAGAGGGAAUAAGAUAUCUAUUUAACAGUAGGAAAGCUGCAUUAAAGGUAUCUCUUUCUUUCACCCUGUGUGCUUUUAUGAAGAAUUAAAACAAAGAGAAAUGAGGCAGACUAGAAACUUCAGGAUGAAAUAGGAAAAAUACCUGUAGUGUGGAUGAAGUGAGUUAUUUUAUUACUUUGCAUUAAAGCUAAAUAGAAAUCUUA